AUGACUGUUACCGAAGUCAAAGCCGAAGAAGGUUCUUUCGAGGACUUCAAGGCCCACUGCAAACGACCCCGUACCCAUACCGAGCUGCUUCUUUUUCAAGUGCUCAAAGAACGUCACAUAGACUAUCAUGUUAUCGAGAUUGACACUGACGACUUCGAUCUCAUGGGGUACGCUGAGGCCGGGUUCGCCAAUUGCGAGAUUGAAGAGGACGACCAUACUCUAACGAGCAGUGUCGCAUACAUCGCAAGUCCGUCGCGGAGCGAGCAAGACACUAAACCUGGACAACUUCGUUACAGUUCCUGGUGGACAAAAUACCAGUAUACCUGGAACGAAGCAUCUUUCGUCCUAUAUUCGGCAAGGGUCCCGACCAAUUGUGGAUAUGCAACUUAUCUGUUCGUACUCACUAAGCGCGAGCCUGAUACACCCCCACGAGGAGUCACCGCAACAACGAAGAAGCUACUACUAUCCGUCGGAGAAUGGACGCGAGAGCUUCACGAAGAGAUCUAUGUUUUUGACAGCGCCUAUUGGUCCAAGUCAAAACAGCUGUGGAAAGACAUUCAAUCCUCAACAUGGAACGAUGUCAUUCUGAAUCCUACCAUGAAAGAGGGUCUUAUAGAGGAUGUUGAAGGGUUCUUCGACUCGCGAGGUCUAUACCAAGAAUUUCAGGUUCCUUGGAAAAGAGGCAUCAUCUUCCAUGGUUUGCCUGGCAAUGGGAAGACUAUCAGCAUCAAGGCCUUGAUGGCGCGGCUGCAGAGACGCCCAGACGACCCUGUGCCAAGUCUUUACGUCAAAAGUUUCGAGGAUCGUAAUGCUGGGCAGCAGUAUGCGAUCCGGUCGAUCUUUCGCAAAGCGCGGAAGAUGGCACCCUGCCUACUCAUCUUUGAGGACCUGGACUCCCUCAUUACGAAUGAAACCCGUAGUUACUUCCUGAACGAAGUUGACGGCUUGGAGAGCAACGACGGUAUCUUGAUGAUCGGCUCGACUAAUCACCUUGAUCAGCUUGACCCGGCCAUUCGGGAUAGGCCCAGCAGAUUUGAUCGCAAGUACCAUUAUCAACUACCCAGUCAAUCUGAGCGUGCUUCAUAUGCCAAGUACUGGCAGAAGAAGUUGGAGAAGAACCCUCGUACAGAGUUUCCUGACGAUGCCUGCGACGUGAUUGCAGCCAUGACGGACGGCUUCAGCUUCGCUUACCUGAAGGAGCUGUUUGUAGCGACCCUUCUCGCUAUUGCUCGCGGUGCUAAGGGAAAGGAGCCAAUUCCUGCUAGCCUCCUAGAAGACGACGUUAAAGACCAAAGCACCCCGGAAAGCGUUUCAGAGAAUGUUCCGCCCAAAGGAGAAGACGUACAAGAGGAGCCUAAGGAAGUCGCAGAAGACGAUGGCAAACCAACCAUAGCCCUCCGUCGACAAGCAGUAAUCAACGUUAAGGUACCCGAGCACCUAAAGGAUUGUGUGCUUGUCAAUGUCAUUCGCCACCAGGUGUUGAUUCUACUGAAAGACAUGAGCAAUGGCGAAAGACCCAGAAUCAGAGUAGAAACAGAGGGCAGCGCUAAGGGCAUACCUCGGCAACUGAAGAGAAGGAUGGCACGCUACUCGGAGCACUAA